AUGUUUACCUCAAGGCAACUGUCGUUGCUACUUGCUUUGCUUUUUGUAUCUGGUUUAGGGACAGUAUGCGGAGGCCCCAUACAGAACAAGGAAAAUCUAGUGGCGCGCCAGGUUACAACCGCUACUUUGGCUUCAUCUACCCAAGUUGCAUCCCCUACAACGCUAGCAUCACAAACGACACUUCAGUCAUCUGCAACUAGUGUUGUAUUAUCCUCGGCAGCGAGUUCUUCUGCUGCUUCCGCCACCACCACUAGGAGUACUACUAUAGCUACUUCGAACAUGCAGAGCUCGACCACCACUCAAAUUACUUCAACUCAUACCUCCCAACUCACCGCUACUACAUCCGAUACCUCUUCUCUCACGUCUGCCGCAACUUCGAGUACUUCUGGCACAUCGACAUCGACAUCGACUUCAGCAUCGACAUCGGCAACCGCAACGGCCUCUGUCAAUAUUUUUGACAAGUCAAGCCCUUAUUUCGGGUAUUUUUGUCCUAUUACUCCUCGUGCUCGUAAUUCGCUGGAUCGUCCAGAAGUUCAGCAAGAAGCCGACCCAUCACCGAUCACGGCCAACGCUGGUGCAUGGCGCUACUCUGAAGAUACCGAAUUAUAUUCUCCAAGCGUAGCUCCCAAUUCAGCAAGCAAUACUAUGUCAACCAUCCCGCUUGCACGGCAUAAGGGACUUGGUGCUGAAAUGGGGGAAGCACAGGCAUUCUUAUCCACGGAAAGUGUCACAUUGUAUCCUCCCGCGAAGUACACCGAAGAGGAAACCGGCUCCAGAAGACAUUCUAGGAGUUUGUCAAACGCUCUUCGUCCCAAGCCACGGCCAUGCCAUACACUCCAACAGUGGGCAUGGCCAUUCGGACGCGGCCGGGGCCAGAGCAGUCCCCGAGGCAUCUCGGAGGGCGAAGUCGACUUUGCCUCUCCAGGACAAUCCAUGCCAAGCAUGCUGAUUGCGCGUGCCGGCCACAGUGACGCAUAUAGGCAGCCCACAAUCGGAUCUACAAGUGUUUCCCGAGCUAGCACUGCAUCAGUAUAUUCUCAGCCAUCCGGAAUCCAUACACCGCCUCCCAUGCCGGAGCUGCCUCCACUUCCUACACCCGCAACACCCCGAGCCCAGGCUCAGCCUCGGCCCCAGUCCCGAGACCAGUCCCCUGAUGUGGAGGCUGAAUUAUUAAGAAUGGCCAACACUUUCACUGAUACGAUCCCUGGGGACGAAUCAGUUCAUUCUCAAGAUAACAACCAGCCUGCGGUCCGGCAGACACCGGGUCGAAUGGGGUGGGGCCGUCAGGCGCCAAGUUCAGUUCAUAGUCAUUCAGACUUAUUUUUCAAUCAGGAACAACGCUAA